GGCGACUAGGAGGAAAAAGAGAAGGGGUGUUGGGCCUGGCGGGCUAACCCGGAUUGGGGACAGCUGGCGGUUCCGCGGGGCGGUGUCCGGAGAGCUGCGGGGCUCCGGAGCCCGAGGUCCACGCCACACUCCCAGGAGGUCCCCGAACCAGCGGGCCGGCGAGGAGUAGCGGCCAGCGAGACCCGCAAGCCGGGACCAUGGGCUGCUUCUUCUCGAAGAGGCGGAAGGCUGAGAAGGAGUCGCAGCCCGAGGGCGAGGAGGAGCGGCCGAAGCAGUACAGCUGGGACCAGCGCGAGAAGGUUGAUCCAAAAGACUACAUGUUCAGCGGACUGAAGGAUGAAACAGUAGGUCGCUUGCCUGGCCAAGUGGCAGGACAACAGUUCCUCAUUCAAGACUGUGAGAACUGUAACAUCUAUAUUUUUGAUCACUCGGCUACAAUCACUAUCGAUGACUGUGCUAACUGCGUGAUUUUCCUGGGACCUGUGAAAGGCAGCGUGUUUUUCCGGAAUUGCAGAGAUUGCAAAUGCACGUUAGCCUGCCAGCAGUUCCGUGUGAGGGACUGUAGGAAGCUGGAAGUCUUUCUGUGCUGUGCCACUCAGCCCAUCAUUGAGUCUUCCACAAACAUCAGGUUUGGCUGUUUCCAGUGGUACUAUCCUGAGCUAGCGUUCCAGUUCAAAGACGCAGGGCUAAGUAUCUUCAACAACACCUGGAGCAACAUUCAUGACUUCACGCCUGUGUCAGGAGAACUCAACUGGAGCCUUCUUCCAGAAGGUGCCGUGGUUCAAGACCAUGUUCCUCUCCCUGCCACCGAAGAGCUCAAAGCUGUCCGCAUUUCCACAGAAGCCAACAGAAGUAUCGUUCCAGUAUCUCGGGGUCAGAGGCCGAAGAGCAGUGAUGAAUCCUGCUUGGUGGUCUUAUUUGCUGGCGAUUAUACAAUCGCAAAUGCCAGAAAACUAAUUGAUGAGAUGGUUGGUAAAGGAUUCUUCCUAGUUCAAACCAAGGAAGUGUCAAUGAAAGCUGAAGAUGCUCAGAGAGUUUUUGGGGAGAAAGCACCUGACUUCCUUCCUCUGCUGAGUAAAGGUCCUGUUAUUGCCUUGGAGUUCAGUGGAGAUGGUGCUGUAGAAGGGUGUCACCUUAUUGUCAACGAGAUAUUCAACGGGACCAAGAUGUUUGUAUCCGAAAGCAAGGAGACAGCGUCUGGAGACGUAGACAGCUUCUACAACUUUGCUGACAUACAAAUGGGAAUAUGAAGUGCAACAUGGAACCAAGGACUUGAUAUUAAGCCCUUUUUAAAUUGUGUGUUAGCGGUUUUUACUAAUGUUAAAACUGUCAAAGCGUAUUUUUAAAUAAACUGUUGAAUACUGCAUUAUUUACUUCAGGUUCAAAAACAGUUCGUUUUGGGGGCGCCUGGCUGGCUCAGUCGGUAGAGCGUGCGGGUCUUGAUCUCAGGGUCGUGAGUUCAAACCCCGCACUGGGCGUGGAGCCUACUAAAAAUAACAACAACAACAACAACAAGUUCAUUUUAAGUUAAGUAGUUUUCAUCAGCUUAAAAACUACUUGGCCCACUUCAAUAAGCUUGCAGUUUUGUUUCUCUGCUGAGGAUACUGUCAUUAGGACAUAGAAGUGGCUAGCAGUUCAUCAUUUUAAUCCUAAUUAGAUAUUCUUUCAAAUCCCUAAGAAUUUAAACUUUUCUCAGUGCUCCAUGCUAUCGUUUGAGAAUACAUUCCAUUGCUUCUUUUCUUCUUUAAUUUAGAGAGAUUUGUUACUAGCUGAUCGAUUAGAAUGAACCUCUGCACAUUUGUUUUCACGUAUUCAUAUUCGGUUAAAUAAUUGCUUCCUAGUUGCAUAAUAUGGCAAAUGAGAUUUUGUACGCGGAAUUGAGAUAAUGCUUUGUAAAUUGAAUUUUUUUUAACAAAUAGGUAUUUGAUGACCAGUUUUGCAAUUAACUCUACUAACUGAUGUUGGUAUAGCUGUUUAAAGACUACUUCGUGAGUAGUAUGCUUAUCUGAAUAAAUUCCACGCCGUGUCGUUUUUUUACUACAACUGCUAGAUACCCUCUUCUGCUUCUUGGUGAGAAAAGGUAUAUGCAACACUGAAAGCACAGGAACCCCGUCACCGGCAGUUUUCAGAAAGGCGAAAUCACCUGCUUGUGUGGGUUAUCAGAAGGAUGAGAACGAAACCUUGUGACAUUCAGGUACGAAAUGCUUAGUCACGAUGAAAAGCUAUGCAGGUUAUUAAAAAACUAGACCAAUUUGAUGGCCAGUAGAUACACCGCUCACCAAGUUCUGUUCACAUAUGACGAAAUUCCUUCGACUGCUUUAAAGCAUUAUUUUCCAAAUCAACCUGACCGUAAUAAUUUCCCAGGAGGUAGGGGAGAGCUUCGGGUUUAGAAACCCACGUUCCUGGGCCCAGUCCCCAGAUAACACCGAUUCAGUCUCCGGGGGAAACCUGGCGGUGAGGAGUUUGCCAUAAUCUGAAGUGAUCAGUUCAGAAGAUGUUGAUGGGGUGACCUGCAGAGAAGGGGCUGAGCCUGCCAUGCACACCACAUUUAUUUAGCAGCUAAUAGGAAAUUAGCUUUCAUAGCUCUAUUUUUAAAAGGAACCUUAAAUUUAAAUCUAUUUUGGUAAACCAAGACUGAACAUAGCCACUUAUUAAAAAUGCCUCUUAUGAUUGUUACUAAAAAUAUACUUUCGUGUGUUAACUGCUUUUGGAUACUUGCAGAUUAAUUUAUAACUACUACAUUGAACUGUGUGUGGAUGUUCAGAAAUAACGCAAAGACUUUUCACUUUAAUAAUAUUGAGGGGCGCCUGGGUGGCUCAGUCAGUUGAGCGACCGACUUCGGCUCGGGUCACGAUCUCCUGGUUUGUGAGGUCGAGCCCCGCGUCGGGCUCUGUGCUGACCGCUCAGAGCCCGGAGCCUGCUUCGGAUUCUGUGUCUCCCUCGCUCUCUGCCCCUCCCCCACUCAUGCUCUGUCUCUCUCUCUCUGUCUCAGAAAUAAAUAAACAUUAAAAAAAUUUGUUUUAAUUAAUAAUAUUGACCACCUCCCCUAUGUCUGGCCUCGUGGUAGCCAUAGCAUUGUGUCAUUUUGGUCUUUUGUAAGAGCAUUCUAUACUACCUACUCAACCUCUCCUUAAAUCCGAAUGAUUUCAUAAGCUGCAAAUAAGAAUUGGUGACAGGUUUAACAUCAUUUCGCUCAUAAUUCACAAAUAAGCUUUGCAAUUAGCGGUCAGAGGGCAUUAACUUUUCCCGUAGUUAGGCCAAAUUAAUUGUAUUCCUUCUGAUCAUCAAUUAAAUGGCGAUCAUUAUUCAACCCCAUUAUUCACACUUUAAAAUCAUUGCAGUACUUUUUGUUUUUCAAAAAUAGAAUCCAGAAAGAUUCUUUUGUAGUCCAUAAGCGUGAUGAUUAGGUAUUCAUGCCGCUGUGUGACAUGUGCCUCCCUCCAAUCCUGCUAUGACCUCGGCACAUUACCCAUGUGACGUGAAAAAAAAAUCACACAACGUUACGCAAAGCUGUAAGCUGAGUUCUUUAUUUUAUCUAUGGCAUUUUGGCAAAAAAAAAAAAAACCCUCAGGAAUAUAACAUGUACGGGAGAUGUGAAUUUUAAAAUAUCCACUAAAUUUAGGAUCUAUUAACCAAAGCCUAAAAUUUUAUAUUCUUCAGUUGGAUGAGAGCUUUUACCUAAGUAAGCUUCAUUUGUCUUUAAGGACAGUCAUUUGACUUCUGAAUGUUUGAAAAGGUUUUUCAAAAUAAGUCGUGCUAUGGUUGUUCUUUCUAUAAUUCUAAACUCUGAUAGUAAUUAUCCUACAUUUAAUUUGUGAAUAGGUUUUGAAUUCAUGAACAUUUAUUAGCAAUGAAAAAUUAGUAAUUUUAUUAAGUUAUACAUGUUUAAACGUUAUAUUAGCUCAUUUCUCUUGUGUGAUCAGUACUGCUGUUUUGGCUUCUGUAUAUUUCUGCCUAGCUUUUGUAUGUAAUUUAUGCCUAGUGUUUAUAAAAUGUGAUUUGUAAUAAACGUUGUUAAAAUGAAAA